UCAGCCUCACCCUAAACGCCACCCUCGUCCCCUUCUAUUAAGCCUCUACACCAUUUUUCAGCUGAGCUCUUUCACCACUCGCUUCCCGAGCCCCCGCUUCCCGAGACCCCGCUUUCUCUCUCUAAAGCUCUCUCUUUCUCUCUCUACAAACUACCCUCUCCCAUCUCUUCAUCAGCUUUUCCGAGUCUCAAUCAACCUGCCAAUUGAGCAAGGGCUUAAGAAAUGUGAAUAUAUUUCUCUGUUUGAAGGCAGGAUAACUUGAUAAUGGCAUCCAAAGCAAUUUUGAGAAGGAGGAAGCUCAUUUCUGAUUACCUGAAUGUUUCCAUACGACCCAUCCAAAGUUUUCAAAGCUUUAGGAAUGGGGGCUUUGGGAAUUUAUUAUCUUCCCAGAAUUUGGAUUCACAAGGCUCAAGCUCUGCUACAAAUAAUACUUCUUUGGACUUUACUGGCAUAAAUGAUGGGAAUUCAACUUUUGUUGCUAAAGACGCAUUUCUAAGCUUUUCAGGCCUAGGACUCUUUAGGCAUAGCUAUUCUGGAAUCACGACAUCUGGUAUUGGAAAUGGAAGAUCAGAAUUUAUUUGUCCAAUGGGAUUCAGGUUGAUGUUGCAAUCUGUUCGUAAUGCUUCUACUGCUACAGCUGGACAACGUGAAUUGGGCAGUGAUGAUGAGGAAAAUGAAAAGCAGGCUGCUAAAACGAGAAAAGAAGCAUCUCCUCAGGAAUGUGAUCAAGCUGUAGAAGGUUUGAGUACAGCAAAGGCCAAAGCAAAAGCUAAACAGCUGCUAGAAUCUCAAAAGGGUGCUAAAUCACCUUUACAAAAAACAUGGGCCAUGCUAUUAGGGAUUGGUCCAGCUUUGAGAGCUGUAGCUUCUAUGAGCAGGGAGGAUUGGGCUAAGAAACUAAUUCAUUGGAAGAAUGAAAUCAUAUCAACAUUACAACAUUAUUGGUUGGGUUUUAAACUACUCUGGGCUGACGUGAGAAUCAGUUCAAGAUUGCUUUUAAAACUUGCUGGUGGGAAGGGUCUCUCUAGAAGAGAGAGGCAACAACUGACACGAACCACAGCCGAUAUUUUCAGGCUGGUUCCUUUUGCAGUUUUUAUAAUAGUCCCAUUUAUGGAGUUUUUGCUUCCGGUAUUCCUGAAAUUAUUCCCUAACAUGCUGCCAUCAACCUUUCAAGAUAAAAUGAAAGAACAGGAAGCAUUGAAAAGGAGGCUUAAUGCAAGAAUAGAGUAUGCGAGAUUUCUUCAGGACACUGUCAAAGAAAUGGCGAAGGAAGUCCAAAACUCACGGAGUGGAGAAAUUAAGAAAACGGCAGAAGAUCUUGAUGAGUUUUUGAACAGAGUUAGAAGAGGAGCUGGUGUCUCCAAUGAUGAAAUUUUAGCCUUUGCCAAGUUGUUCAACGACGAACUUACUUUAGAUAAUAUCAGCAGACCACGAUUGGUGAAUAUGUGCAAGUAUAUGGGAAUCAGCCCAUUUGGGACAGAUGCAUAUUUGCGAUAUAUGCUCCGAAAAAGACUUCAAUGGAUUAAAAAUGAUGAUAGAUUGAUUCAAGCCGAGGGUGUGGAGUCUCUUUCAGAAGCUGAGCUUCGUGAAGAUUGUAGGGAGCGAGGCAUGCUUGGAUUACGCUCAGUUGAAGAAAUGCGGCAACAGCUCCGUGAUUGGUUGGAUUUGUCUCUGAAUCAUUCUGUCCCCUCAUCUCUUUUGAUCCUUUCCAGAGCCUUCACUGUGUCUGGAAAAGUGCGGCCAGAGGAGGCUGUUCAGGCAACACUGUCUUCUCUGCCAGAUGAGGUUGUGGACACUGUUGGUAUUACAGCUUUGCCUUCUGAAGAUUCUGUUUCAGAAAGGAGGAGGAAAUUGGAGUAUCUUGAAAUGCAGGAAGAACUUAUUAAGGAAGAGGAAGAGAAAGAGGAAGAAGAACAAGCUAAGAUUAAGGAGACUGUAGUCAGUCAAGAGGACCUGGCUUUGAAAGAGAUGACUAUUCCAACAGCAAGAGAAGCGCAAGAGCAAGCUAGAGCAAGAGCAGUGGAAAAACAAGAGCAGCUAUGUGAACUAAGUCGUGCAUUGGCUGUGUUAGCUUCGGCAUCGUCAGUGAGUAGGGAGCGUGAAGAAUUUCUGAGGCUUGUCAAUAAGGAGAUAGAGCUUUAUAAUAGCAUGGUAGAGAAAGAGGGUACAGAUGGUGAAAAAGAGGCCAUGGAGGCAUAUAGAGCUGCUCGAGAUGAAAGUGACCAUGCUGCUAAAGUGGCAGUUGGUGAUGAGGUUUCAUCGGCACUCAUAGAUAGGGUGGAUGCUAUGCUUCAAAACCUUGAAAAGGAAAUUGAUGAUGUUGAUGCCAAAAUUGGUGAUCGUUGGCGACUACUUGACAGGGAUUAUGAUGGGAAAGUAACUCCUGAAGAGGUGGCAGCUGCUGCUUUGUACUUGAAGGAUACUUUGGGCAAGGAAGGCAUCCAAGAACUCAUCAGCAACCUUUCCAAAGAUAAAGAUGGGAAGAUUCAUGUUGAAGACAUUGUCAGACUGGGCAGCCGAAAUGAAGAUGCCAAUACAUCUGAAGCGGGGGGAAUGUAGAGGGUAAUACUCCAGCCAAAAAAUUUUGCUUCCCUCUUCUUUGGUAUCUUAAGAGUACCUGUUCCAGUGACAAAGUUAGUUGGCUGAUUACAGAGUAUUGAUUCAUUUUAUCUGGGCACUUUAGAAUGGAUAUGCCUAUUUCUUAGUGCUUCAAUCCAACUGUUUAUGAUUUUUUAGGUAUUGGCCUUGUUCUUUAUACACAGGUGACUUUCUGAAGUCAUAUAGUAGAUAGGUUUUUAGUUCUCCUAUCAGUAUUAUAAAGAGGACAGGUUUGCUAGUGCUGUAAAAAUUGGUGCUGAUAGACCAAAACCUGACACAUACACACAAAACAGUAGUGGGGUCUAACUGGGCUUCCCGUUUAUAUCUCUGUAUUAUUUUUGAAAUAAAUGCCAUAUAUGAGUUUAUGCUUCA